AAAAAAAUCUGAAUUAAGCAUUAAGACUUGCGCUGUGAAGCUACUGCUACAGUUCACCACUGAAUCUACCUCUACCUGAUUUGGGCUUCUUACAUGACCUCACAUCAAAAAGACCUGUUACCAUGGCUGCCAAAGCCUGCAGCUGUUUGAUUGUCAGCUGAAACGUCACGCCCUCCUCCGCCUCAUGUGCCGCCUGCACUUUAGUUAACCGGGGCUCCCCGCCCUUGCUUAACUACGUAACAUGCGGCACAUCGGUACAGGCGAAUGGAGCGCAGCCACUAUCUCCACUGACCUGGAUAAGGACUGAAGAGAUCUGGACUCCACUCAGCUGAGAGAAGACACACCGCAGAUGUAGGGCUAGGUUACAACGACGCAGCGGCAGAUGAAUCGUGUGCCCAUCUCUCUGAUCAGUGCUGCCGUGCAGAUGGAGUCGGGACCGGGAGGACGUGGCUGCCCGUCAGCGCCGCUUCCGGAGCCGCCGAGCUGGAGGCAGAGCACCGGGCUGCUGGGCAAACUCCUGUGAUCAGACCCUCCUCUGCUGCACCGGGAGAGUUGGAGAAAAGAAACCCCAACUUGAUAAAAGAAUUAAAAAAAAAUCCUCAGCCUCUAUAUGGAGCCAGAUGGCGCUGGGUAGGGGGGCAGCAGGGGCCGCCGGGAGAGACCAGAGCUUCACAACUCAAGUGUGACUUCACUAAAGCUAAUGGAUUUGAAGAGAGUGCUGUCCUUCCCACCAUACCCCGGGGAUUACCUGCAUCCAGUGGUGUAUGCCUGCACAGCAGUCAUGCUGCUCUGUCUGCUCGUCUCCAUCAUGACCUAUAUUGUCCACCACAGUGUGGUCCGCAUCAGCAGGAAUGGCUGGCACACACUCCUCAACUUCCUCUUUCACACGGGGCUGACAUUUGGAGUUUUCGCCGGGGGCAUCAAUCAGAUCAACUUACCUUUUGUGUGCCAAAUUGUUGGCAUUGUGCUCCACUAUGCGUCUUUGUCUACCAUGCUGUGGCUGACAUUUACUGCUAGAAACAUCUGUAAGGAUGUGUCCAAAGAUCCACUUCGGCCCCAGAAGAGGAAUGGGCCAGCCCAGACUCGCACCAAACCAACCAUCCUCAGAUUUUAUCUUGUAAGUGAUGGAGUGCCUCUCAUGAUUGUUGGAGUUACGGCAGCAUUUGGUAUGGAUAACUAUGGCAGCAGGGAUGACGCUUUGUAUUGCUGGAUGGCAUGGGAACCAAGCUUGGGAGGUUUCUAUGCCCCCAUGGGUCUUCUGGUCUUAGUCAUGUCUGUAUACUUCUUGUGCACUUACAUCCAACUUAAACGCCACCCAGAGAAGAAGUAUGAGCUGCGAGUUCUGAGUGAGGAGCAGCAGCAGUUAUCAUUUAGUGAGUCAAACCAUCAUUGCCACACCGACACUGGAGGAGUUUCUGGGCCUAGUGGAGACUGUCCGCCAUUUGCAACAGGUGUGUCGGUGCUGGCCAAUGAGCACUCAUUUAAAUCUCAGCUUCGAGCCACAGCCUUCACCCUCUUUCUGUACCUGUCUACCUGGGCUUUAGGAGCAUUGGCGGUAUCAAUGGGGCAUUUCCUGGAUAUGAUAUUCAGCUGCCUGUAUGGGGCUUUUUGUGUCACUUUGGGACUCUUCCUUCUCAUCCAGCACUGUGCCAAACGUGAUGAUGUAUGGCACCGCUGGUGGGCCUGUUGCCCGUCCAAGUCCAAGUCAGAGGACGGGAAUGGGGACGGACAGAGCCAGAGGCAGGAGCUCCAUCAGCCACACUGCCACCUGAGCUCCCCAUGCUCAGGCAAGCAUCCUCUACUCUCUCCUCACAUCGUGCAGAGUUCUUACCACAAAAUGACACCACAUUCCCAGAGCCCCGCACCCAAUCACACAGGUCCAUGCUGUGUGGCCGUGAUGAGUCCUGUUACCGCCAACCCUAUCUCACCUCUCGCUGAACCAGUGUCCUCACCUCGUCCACAGUCGCUUUCUGACGAGCUCCCUCGUCCCGCUCUGCCUCUACAGAGCUGCCUUAAUGACAGAACAAAGUCACGCUCCUUCAACCGCCCGCGUCCAUGCCUCCAGGACUACCGUUCUCACAUGGCUUCCGUCAGUAUGGAUGGGAGUGUGCACAGCUCCCACCUGGACAGCCCUCAUGCAGUGCACCACCUUGAAGGUUCACCACUGGUUUCCGUUAGCCCACAGCCAGACCUCCAGCUCCCCUGCCCCAGCCCUCACUUGGAUAAGCAGCUGGCUUCCUGCCACAGUUUGCAACACCAGAACUCCUGCCACAGCGUACAAGACUCAAUGACGUCCUGUCACAGCCACGCACACAGCAUGCAUGACAGCAUUUCUUCCUGUCACAGCCUCCUCCUGCCUGCUCAUGGGGCCCACACCUGCCAGUGGCACAUGUACAGCUCAGCAGAUCACUCUUCAACUACAAGCUGCUGUGAGAAACCGGAUCCCUUUACCUCGCAAUUUCAGCAAGACCCCAACACGUACAGCUGCAUGUCAAAGACAACAGAUAAAGAAAAGGAUAAUCUCUGCGUAGAGGUGGAGCAGAAAGGUUUCCCAAGAAAUACUCUGCCUCGGCAGCACGGCACUUUCAGCCGGCGAGGUACCAUCGGCCGGAACAUGAGCCUGCAGGAAGACAGCCUGUUUGGUUCAGACGCCCCAGGAAACAUACGGACUGGCCCUUGGAAGAAUGAAACCACCGUAUAGUUUUCUCAUACUUGUACCUGUACUCACCAGACCUUCCAGCAACCCUGUAAUCCAAUUACUCCGUAAGUGUUUGGGUCUCAAUGCCUUCAGCUUUGCCCUUAAACCACAGGUUGAGUUUUCAGUGAGGCCUCGUAUCGUGAUAUCUCAGAACCCUUUAUGACAUGGUUAUCUUAAAGUGGGUUACUUAUCAGUUUUUAUAAAGAGAGGUUCAAUUAUUGUUGAAUUAAUAUUCUGUUCCAUGCUGUUUAAAGUUGCAAUCAGUAUUGUAUGGCUCCGUAGGGGCGCACUGGCUCAGUAGUUUGCAAGGUCACAGCAAGAAGGCCCUGAGUUCAAACUCCAACGGUUCCAGUUAGAGCCUAUUUGUGUGGAGUUUGAAUGUUCUCUCCAUGUUUGUGUCAGUUGUUCCCCAUUCCUCCUACAGUCCACAGGCAUGCAGGUCAGCUGCAAGGAAUACUCCAAUCUAAAGGGUCUACACAGAUUUAAAACUAUGGACCUGAUCCCAAACAGACCAGGGCAAAACGUACCUAAACUCAGUGGGCUAAAAUGACUUGUCUAAAAUAAGAGACCUGAUCCAGAAGGGACUCGAGGACAGUCCAGUCUAAAUAGACCCAAAGAUCGCAUUGACCCCUGAAAGUUAAACUGGCUUUUAAAUACUAUGUUGACCAGCAGUCAUUACCAAGCAAGCUGUGACCAAGCAGCUGUGCUGUAACAUCAGCUGUAUUGACAUUUAAAAUGAAUGAUCUCAGGGGGAAAUGUUAAGGCCGUGACGCACCAAGGCAACCUUCAGCCGAGAUAAACCAGCUGUUUAGCUGAUGGCUGACGCCGAAUCUGCCUAAAAAAGGCUGAUGAAGGCUGACGCGUGGUGACAGUGCGGGA